CGGCGGGAGGAGGGGCGGCCGCGGCUGCAUCCAGCCUGGCUGGCCUCCUUCCCAGCCCUCCUUCCCUCCUCCUCCUUUUCCUCUUCCUCCUGUAUGAAUCAGGCUUUUCCCCGGGAAUAGGAGCAGCCACGCGCGGCCCGGGAGCCCGGAGCUGGAGCAGCAGCAGUAGCAGCAGCAGCAGCAAGCGGCAGCAACAGCUGCAGUAGCAGCAGAAACAGCAGCAGCGGGGCUGCCACCGCGGCGGCCAUCGCGUCCCGGGCGCGCGGCGAUCAUGGAGAGGGCGACCCAGAGCGCAGACAGCAGCGGCGGCGGGGGCAGCAACAGCAGCAGCCGCAGCAGCAGCCGCGCCACCUCGGCGGGCUCGUCGCCCUCCUGCUCCCUGGCGGGCCGAGGGGUGGCCGGCCGGUCGGCGGCUGGACUGGGUGGCGGAGGCAGCCGCAGCAGUCCGGGCUCGGUGGCCGCGAGUCCAUCCGGAGGCGGCGGCCGCAGGAGGGAGCCUGCGCUCGAGGGCGUGCUCAGCAAAUACACCAACCUCCUCCAGGGCUGGCAGAACAGGUACUUUGUGCUGGACUUUGAGGCUGGCCUCCUGCAGUAUUUUGUGAAUGAACAGAGCAAGCACCAGAAGCCACGAGGAGUCCUGUCUUUAUCUGGAGCCAUUGUGUCCCUGAGUGAUGAAGCGCCCCACAUGCUGGUCGUGUACUCUGCCAACGGAGAGAUGUAUAAACUGAGAGCUGCUGAUGCAAAAGAGAAGCAGUUUUGGGUGACUCAGCUUCGAGCUUGUGCCAAAUACCACAUGGAAACAAGUCCUAAGAAUACUCCAAGCUCCCGAAGCCGAAGUCUCACUUUGCUCCCCCAUGGAACACCCAAUUCUGCGUCUCCCUGUAGCCAGAGACACCUCAGUGCGGGGGCCCCCGGUGUUGUCACAAUCACGCAUCACAAGUCGCCUGCAGCUGCCCGAAGAGCCAAGAGUCAGUAUUCCGGCCAACUUCAUGAAGUCAGAGAGAUGAUGAACCAGGUGGAGGGACAGCAGAAGAAUCUUGUGCAUGCCAUCGAGUCCCUGCCAGGCUCUGGCCCCCUCACUGCCUUGGACCAGGACUUGCUCCUCCUGAAAGCUACCUCUGCUGCUACCCUCAGCUGCCUUGGGGAAUGCCUCACCCUGCUACAACAGAGUGUGCGCCAGGCAGGCCCACCAAGCCACAAGUCAGGGGCCUCAGAAACCAUCCUGGGAUGGCACGGACCCAAAUCACAUUCCACAGAGCAACUGAAAAAUGGGACGCUUGGCUCUUUGCCCUCGGCUAGUGCGAACAUAACGUGGGCAAUUCUACCCAACUCUGAAGAAGAGGAGCAGGCCUCACAGCCAGAGCCAGAGCCAAACUCAGGCCCUGAACUGGUUUUGUCUGAAGAUGAACAAAGUGACAAUGAAGAUAAGGAAGAGACAGACUUGGGCGUCAUGGAGGAUCAGCGCAGUAUAAUCCUUCACCUCAUCUCGCAACUCAAACUUGGAAUGGAUUUAACUAAGGUGGUGUUGCCCACAUUUAUUCUGGAGAAGCGCUCCUUGCUGGAAAUGUAUGCAGACUUCAUGGCACACCCCGACUUGCUGCUGGCCAUCACUGCUGGGGCCACACCAGAGGAAAGAGUCAUAAGCUUCGUAGAGUACUAUCUUACAGCCUUCCAUGAGGGGCGCAAAGGUGCCCUGGCCAAGAAGCCCUACAACCCCAUCAUUGGUGAGAACUUUCAUUGCUCCUGGGAGGUUCCCAAGGACAAAGUCAAGUCAAGGAGGACUCCUUCCCAGUCUCCUGUUGGCUUUCAUGAGCACCCAAUGGCCAAGGAUCCAUCCAAAAGCUAUAAACUCAGAUUUGUGGCUGAGCAGGUGUCCCAUCACCCGCCCAUCUCCUGUUUCUAUUGUGAGUGCAAAGAGAAGAGACUGUGUGUCAACACUCAUGUAUGGACCAAAAGCAAGUUCAUGGGCAUGUCCGUGGGGGUCUCUAUGAUAGGGGAAGGUAUACUACGGCUCCUGGAUUAUGGGGAAGAAUACAUCUUCACCCUGCCUAGUGCCUACGCCCGCUCCAUCCUCACUGUCCCAUGGGUGGAGCUAGGAGGGAAGGUCAACAUCAGCUGUGCCAAGACUGGUUACUCCGCCACAGUGAUAUUCCACACAAAGCCCUUCUAUGGUGGAAAGGUUCACAGAGUCACAGCUGAAGUAAAACACAAUCCAACCAACACCAUUGUCUGCAAAGCACACGGGGAAUGGAAUGGGACCCUGGAGUUCACCUACAGCAAUGGGGAGACCAAAGUCAUCGACACAACCACCCUGUCUGUGUAUCCUAAGAAGAUCAGACCUUUGGAGAAGCAGGGGCCCAUGGAGUCCAGGAAACUCUGGCAGGAUGUUACCCGCUACCUGCGGAUGGGGGACAUUGACAAAGCCACCGAGCAGAAGCGGCGCCUGGAGGAGAAGCAGCGGGUGGAAGAGCGGAAACGGGAGUCUCUUCGAAAGCCGUGGCGGCCCAAAUACUUCAUUCCAGAGGGCGAUGGCUGGGUGUACUUCAAUCCUCUCUGGAAGACACACUGAUGGGUGGAGGUGCAGAGCUGCCCUGACUAGCCCUGACUUUGUAGGAAUUAAAGUGGUACAGUAUC